AGUCUUCUUUUCGUUUUUCUUGCGCAUGGUUCGUCGUUGUUUGCGAGUCUUGGCAUUUUUGGCAUUAAAACGCGCUAUCCGCGCUUGUUAAACCAACAAAAAAACUCAUUCUGUUCUGCAAAGUGCAGCGUGCUUCGCUGGAGGAAGCUUUUGCAAAGCUGCUGCAUUUGAAACAACAACAACAAUAAGAACGAGUGGAGAAUUCACCACUGGAAAAAGAAGUUGCGCUUGAGAAGAUAGUGGAACGAGAAGCGAUUCUAUUGCAAUUGAAAACAGGCAAUAACAAACAAGAACAACAAAUAUAACAGUUAUUAAGUAACACACACACACAGCAACAAAAUGGUGGACUAUUAUAAAGUAUUGGAUGUGCCACGCACUGCAACCGACGGUGAAGUAAAAAAGGCCUAUCGAAAAUUAGCACUCAAAUGGCAUCCAGACAAGAAUCCGGACAAUUUGGACGAGGCAAAUAAACGUUUUCGUGAGCUCUCCGAGGCCUACGAAGUGCUAUGCGAUGCGCGCAAACGACGCAUCUAUGAUGCAAGGGCAACGCUGCAUAAAACAUCGGCGAGCAGCGGCAGCAGCAGCUAUUCGCGUUAUCGCAGCAGCGGUGGCAGUGGUGCCACAACGGGAUCAUCGUACAAGAGUCGUGACUUUGACUAUCGUGAUUAUGAUCGCGAUCGUGAUCGUGAUCGUCAUCAUUAUUAUCCCAGCUAUAGUAGUGGCGGCAGCGAUAGGCGAGGGAAUCGCUAUCAGGCGUUCACCUUCCGCAACUUGUUCGAAGGCACACCGUUUCACAAACUCUUUGAGAAGAAACGGCGCAUUUACGAUGAGUACGGCAAGGAUGGGCUGGGCGAUCGCGGCCAGACCCGGACGCAUUCGGGCUAUCAUUAUACGACGCAUGACUUCGAUGACUUUGAUAUAAUGGGCGGAUUUCCGUUUGUGUUCCGGCCGCCCGAGGAAGUCUUCCGCGAAUUCUUUGGCGGCAACUCGCCGUUUGCCGACUUCUUCAGAGAUGCCAAUGGCUAUUCGGCGUCGAAUGGGGCCACGAGCAGCACGAGCAGCAGUCGACGUCAUCAUGCUGGCCAGAAUGGUCAUGGAGCUGCUCGACAUCACCAUCAUCAUCAGCAUAAGAUGGCGAGUCCGUUUGGUGCGCCCAUGUUCAACUACCAGAUGAUGGACUGUUUUCUGCCACCCGGCGGCUUCACUACCUUCUCCGCCAGCAAUACCGUCUCCGCAGGUGGACACCAGACGCCAGCGGUUAAGCGUACAUCGACCUCAACGGUAUUUGUCAAUGGCAAAAAAUUGAUGACCAAACGUGUCGUCGAAAACGGCAAGGAAACUGUCUUUUCAUAUGAAAAUGAUGUCCUUAAAUCAAAGACUGUGAAUGGAGUAUCCCAAAAGCUCUCUUCAAUAGCGAAUUAAUUAAACAAUUUAUUAACUGGCAAAACCCACACACACACACAAGAUGCAAAACAAAGCAAAUAUAAAUAAUUAUAAUAAUAAUACAACAAAAAAGGAAAAGAAAAAGAAAAAAGCGUAAAUGUUGAGGACAUAACAAAUAACAAAGAAAAAGUCAUAAAUUUAAAAACAAAGAACAAGAAGAAGAUGAGAAGAAGAAAAUACAUGCAAAAUACAAGCAAAAUGAGAAUAAUUAGCGAGCGAGCGAGAAUACUGCUUACUUAAAUAAUGCUUCGAUCAUAAUAUGUUUAAAGAUAUUGUUCUACAUUAGAAUUUAGUUAUGUUUUAAUUGAAAUCGUUUUUGAAAAUGAGCAGCAGAGAAGCAGCAACAACAACGGCAACUGCAACAACAACAGAAGCAGCAGCAACAACAACAAAAGGCCAAUCCAGGACAACAAACACUGCAACAACAACAACAACAAAUGGCACUAAAUUCAAUAAUCAAUAAUGGUUAGGAAUGUAUUUGAUUUGAACGCAAUUUAAUCUGAAAUUCUGGUAAAUUUGCUGUCAAGAGUUUCGAGCAACAAAAUGCCUAAAAACAUAAUAUAUUUAUAUAUAUAAUAUUGAAAAGCCAAACAACAAAAGUAAAACUCCUCAAUAUAUAUAUAUAUUAUAUACAACUGAAAUGCUAAAAAUAAAGCACUUAAGCAAUUUAGUUGAUAA